CUUGUCAAAGCUUCGACAAGGCACGACCCCCGCAGCCCUUGGGCCAACCCUAUUGGCAAGUCUCCAACCUCCAACGUUUGCAAUGGUCUGCCAACACUACAAACGCCACCAUUCUCUCCCGUCUUGGAACCAUUUCUUAACCUGCCCUAACCAGUCCAGGAGCCCUUCCAAAUUCCUACCAAGCCAACGUUUACCGAGUCGACCUGACGCCCAUUCUUUCUCGCAUGUCGGCCGCCGUCGAUUCCAUCCUCAACUUUUCCUCUACCGUCGAACAUCUUCAUAAACGCAUGCCCGCCAUUCCCUCAUUGUGGAUGGACACAUCUAGAUGGCAGCAAGAGUCUUUCCACUGGGCCACAUAUGCCUACCAUCUACUCGCUCCACGAGUUAACGUGCAAGGUCGCAUGGCGCUGCUACUUCUCGUCGCCGUCAUAUGGGCCUUUGGAUGGCUUCUCUGGCGUGCCUACUCCGUCAUCCAGACCCCAAACAACAUCUUGAUUGAAAAACUCGGCCUAGACAUCCCCCCCACACCGCUCGUCACCCUAGAAGAAAUAUCCUCUCGCGAGGUCCAGCUGACAUGGAAACACGCCGAGCCGACCUCGUCCGUCACCGAACACCAUGUCGAGGUCAACGGGAGAAUUGUCGGUUCCACUCGCAAACACGAGAUGGGCGCCACUAUAUCAAACCUCUCACCCGGCACUCUCUACGACAUCCGCAUCUUCUGCCUUAGUGCUGGCUCCUUCCAGACCCCGAGCUCUCCUCUACGCAUCCGUACUCACCAUGAUUCCUCCACCUCAUCCCAAGACGAGGCUUCCGAUCCUUUCCCGACCGUCCGCGCCAUAUCUGUCCGCAAUCCCACUAUCGCCAUGCCCACCUCGGCACCCAUGGCUCGGGAACUGAGCGGUGGUCAUCCCACGGGCCGGCGGGGCACAAUGAACCGUAGGUCAUCUCCCGCCAGCAAUGUUGUCGAAUCGCAACAUGCCCAUGAGGCCUCUUCCCAAGCCUCCGAGUCUGAACAAGAUGGUAAUUUGGUGGAGCUGUCCAAAAAACUCCAAGAAAAGCAGCAAGAGACGGAAAAUAUCGAGUCCCAAGUUCUCGAAGAAGAAAUCGCUCACGAAACCAGAUUGAAGGAGCUCACGGCCACAGCCAACGAUUACAAACAACGAUUGAAGGAGCGCGACGAAGAAAGCAAUGAUCUCCGCAAAAAAGUCAACAAAGCCGAAACUGCGAGUCGAACUGCUCAGAACGAAAAGCUCAAGAAGGAACGACUGAUCGCGCAGAAGGACAUUCUACGGCGAAAACAAAUUGACGAGAUCGCAAAGUGGGAGGAUCAAAUUGUAUCCAUGAAGGAAGAAAUGGCCGGGAUUGAAACUCAAAAAGCCGCUAUUGAGCGUAGAACGCAAUCCGAGCUCCGAGAAAUCCGCAAAAAGGUCGAGGAGGAGCAAAAGGAAGUCGCCAUGCUCGAGGAGGAUAACAAGGAGAAAGCCCUGCAGAUCAAAGCACUUGAAGAGGAGCGCCAACAGCUGAAUGUCGAGGAUGAGACCGACGAGUCCCGUGAAGCCGACCGGCUUGAGUACGAAAGAAAUAUGAGGUGGCGCCUGCGGUUUGACACCUUGCAACAUCAAUACACCAGGAUCUGGAACGAUUUGCAGCUGAUCAACCAGCAAGUUAGCUACACCCGCGAGCAGAUUACUCAGUACGAAGCCCGACGCGCGCAUUCCUUGGCCUUUGCACCACAGGUUCCACCGCUCGACUUUGACACACACCGUCGUCCCAUCAGGCCUUUCCGACGACCACGACAGACUGGCUCUCAUGGGAGUAGCAUCUCUUCACCGCGCGGUCCGUUCGUUGGAGUGGAACCCUUCUCGACAGGACCACAAUUUACCUCGGCCCCGACGAGCUCACCGACCACAGUUGGCGGCGGCUACUUCAAUCCCCAAAACGGCAUGUCGUGGAUGCCAACCGACAUAUCGCCUGGGGUGCCAGAAGACUUUGAAGCCAUUGCGUCGAUUCCAAUGAGCCCCAGAGCAGACUCACUUUUACCAGCCGAUCUCCUAGGAGAUGAAUCAGCCGAUGAACUCCCCGAAACCGAGGGUCCCAUACCUGUAACCAGCACAAGCGACAGUGGCACGACUCCAUUUCCCAAGGUCACUUCACCCGUCAUCCAAGACACUACCCGGCGUGUGGACACUCCCUCGGCAGGUUCGUCGUCCAGUCGAUCAUUCUCGAGCCCACUCCAAACCUCGGUCCCCAACCCAGCACCGCCACAAGAGCAAGCCGAAUCUGAACAUGGAUCAGACGAUCAAGAGGAAGACGAGGAAGACGAGAUGGCGCAGCAGCCGAGCAAACCCAAGUAUUCCAUGUCAUCCAUGUUUGGCCUUAAUCGACAACGAGGGAAAACUCUGGCCGAUCAGCCACCUCUGUUGGGCUCUCUCAAACCAGGGCAGAGCCAAUCAUUCCCGCGAAAUGUUGACGAGUUUGAUGCAACCACACAGCCUCGACGGCGAUUGAGUUAUGGAGGGAAUUGGGCAUUCCCAGUUCUCCGAUCAGGCGGCGAAGAUAAGGAACAAGAAGCCACCCGACUGUCGGCCACGAGACGUGCCUUUCAGUUUCCUGGCUUUGGCAAGUCUUCUGCCGCUAGCGGAUUUGAUCCCUUUGGCAUGAGAUCGGGGUCACUGGAUCCAGGCCUUCGCGGCGAAACCUCUUCGCCUCGACCGUCGUCAACAUACUCCUUUGACAAAAUGCCUCGCCCGUCUAUGGAAAGCCAAUUCCGGGCUUGGGCCACGGACAAGCAACCCAUCCGAAACAGUCCAUUGGUCCCUGAGUGGGGGUCGCUCCAUUCAUUCUCUCGCAGCCACUCGCGUCGGCCGUCGAUCGUCUAUGGUUCCACCAGCAACCUGUCUCUGCCUCAGACUGAGGAGGAGGUCAUUGAGGAUCGCAAACCCUCUCGACCUCUCCAGGCACCAAUCGGAACCCGGCCAACGUCUUCGCAGCUGAAUGCAACGCCCAAGUUAAAUCCUGCGGCGCCAUCCUUUACCAUGUUCUUUGGUAAGAGAGGAGAGAAGGUCAAGGAAAGGAGCAAACCCAAGGAUUCAAAGGAAAGGGUUGGUGAUCUGGAAUCGGGCUCGCCUCCAGACUCUCGGAAGUCCAAAGACACCGGUUCGAUCGCGGCGACCAUUUCCACUAUGGAAUCCGAUACAUUGGAUCGCACCAUGUCGUCAUCCAGCGCUCAGCUGUCGCUCGAGAGCACGCCUGUCAAACCUACGUUCAUUUCCAAGAUUACUCGGAAAGCCAGCUCUAACAAAUUUGGCUCGUGGAAGGACAAGGGUGGAUUAUUCUCGCGAAAGGAGCCUACAACGCCGAACGGAGAGCAGGAAGAUGAAACUGGAUCCACUGAGCAACUAGGCAAGAGUGUGGAGAGUAUUCCAACCACUCCUGGGGCAGAUGACAAGAAAUCGAGCCGAACAAGCCUGACGAACUGGAACUUUAUGCGCAAGACCAAGAAGGGACAGAAGGAAGACUUGACGGCGAGUGAAAUCAGCGAAAGUAGUGAGCGGGCGAGUUAUACUGGCGACGAGAGAGAGGACGAAGACGAGGAUCGGAAGUAAAAGGCGGUCUCGAGUGGCCAAGCCAUGCAGUCAAACGAGUUCCUAUCGGUAGCAGGUAGCUUUUGGAAAUAGCAGUAACGUUCCC